AUGUUCUGCUAUUUAGUUAUAAGUGGACUAUUCUACAACAAUACUUCUGUGUUUCUACAAACUGUAUGUACAGUCGAAGAUCUGCUUAAGUUUUUCCAAUUAUAUUUGACGAAUUGCACAGAAAUCGAAGUUGAUAUGAAUUGUAACGGUUUGAAUAAUGCAAUGGCGGCCGCUCUACAGCUCGGCAGCUGCAUACAGUUGAAACACGCGGGUUUGCUCAACUCCCGGACAUCAGCACUUUUCCACUUGUUAGUUUUAUAUCUCCAUACAAAUGAGUUUCAUUCCCAACUUCCACCGACUCUGUAG